UCAUCUGCUCAGCUGUGAAGGCAGUGCAAAUAAUGGAACCGCAGCCCAUCUAUGAAAACUCUGAAUGCAAAAUUGAGUCAAACAAGAGAACACAGAGCAAAGAUGACUAUAUUUAUGCUAAUGAAGAGACACAUGGACCUCAAAAUAAGAUUUGCAACCGCACUGAAUCAAAAGCUAAAAACUACAAAGGAAGUAGAUGUUUCGUGCUGAGCGCAGUGUGUCUUGGGCUCAUUUGUGUUCUCCUGGUAUCUGGCAUUAUAAUGAUGCAUAUCAAGAACAUGGCAGAGAGAGAAGAAAGUAAUCUGAGAUACAGAAAUGUAGUCAUACAGAGCAACCAAACUACUAAUAUGUUACAGGUCAAAUACAAUGAACUAACUGCUGAAAAAGACCAACUACAGGGAAGCUUAACAUUUUUGAUUCAGGAGAGACAGGAUUUGGAGACCAUUGUUGAGUCUUUGAGCAAUGAACUAAAGAAAAAAGCUCCUGAACGAGUGAAAGCAAACGGGUGGCACUGGUACUUCAUAUCCAGUGAAGAGAAGAGCUGGUCUGACAGCAGACAGUUCUGUAGGGAUCAUGGAGGAGAUCUGGUCAUUAUCAACAGUGAAGAGGAACAGAUGUUCAUUACUUCACUCAUCAAGGAUUACGUGUGGAUUGGUUUGUCUGACAUCAAGAAAGAGGGCAACAUGACAUGGGUGGAUAAUUCACCACUGAUGAAAGGGUUUUGGGGCGAAGGUGAACCGAAUCAAUUGGGUGGAUCUGAGGACUGUGUUGAUCUGAAUCCCAAAUUACCAUUCCUGAAAAACUGGAAUGAUCUUCCGUGCUCAGUUAUGAGAAAAUGCAUUUGUGAGAAUUAGCAUUGUCAUGGUUAAAACGUUCUGUUCUGUCAUUUCUCACAGUGUUUCCUAUCAAUUGUGACACUGUAACUGAAAAUUCCCUUUUUUUACAACUCGGCUGCUUCAUUUUUUCAUUUUUUUUAUUUUUUUUAAUUAAUUUUUUUUUUGUCUUCAUUCAUUUCAAAAUUAGAAAGAAUGUUUGAAUGAAUUUUGUUGAAAAGUAAAAGGUUAAUUUUUUCUAAAAUAUUAAUAAAUGAAUUCACAACAGAAUUUCUCAUGUUAUAGUAAAAUUUACAUUUGCAUUUAGUCGUUUAGCAGACACUUUUAUCAAAAGCAACUUACAAAUGAAAGCAUAAGCAAGUCAUCAUAUGAAAGACAACAUUAUCCAACAAGCACAGACAGUAAAUACCAAUAAAAGCCAAAAGGAAAUAUAGUCUCUGUUUAACUGUCUUCAUGUGUAACCCUAGUAUUUGCACUUAACUGUAUUUUUAACGUAAUUCUGUCCAUACCUUUCCAAAUGAAAAUAAUGUUGAGAUAAUCCUUUAAACUGCCAGCAUUAGUCAAUAGCAAACAGAUAUAUAUAUAAAAAUUGUGCAGUAUCUGACUAUGAUCACUACAAACAUUUAUAAAAGCAUGAAGAG